ACGUGAUUGUGGUCACCUAACGGCAUCCUUUCGUUCUAUUGAGAGCGCCUUUGCAGCGACGUUGUACGCUACGCAUGUGCUGGGCUUCAUUUUUUUCACAGCCUUUUGGUCUUCACUUGGUGGAGUUCCUCAGUCGGAUUCCUUUGUUUUUGGUGGGUUUGAUGUUGAGGAGGAAAAUGACUUUUUCAUGUUGUUGAAGUGGAACUGAGGCAUUUCAGAUUGCGUGUGGAUAUGGAAUUGAAAGGUUCGGAGCAGGGACGGUAGUGGAAAAUUGCGAAUGAUGUAGCUGUAGAAUUUGUGGACAACGUUUUGCUUUGGUAGUUGAUUUCCAUUGAGGGAAGAAUUAGGAUGCGAUGAAGGCGUCAGUGAAGGUGAGGAAAGGACAGCGGCCGCUUGUGCGAGCCAAGGUGCCGGUACAAGUUGCGGGGCUGCCUUUCUACUCUGGCAUCAGCGUGGGCGAUGAGAAAGAACUGGCGUUGCAUGUGGGCACCAACAUGGAUGCCGGCCCGUCGUGCCGUCUCUCGUACAGGCCGAAUGACCCGCUUUCGCCGCUGGCCGUACUGUUGAAAUUGGGGUUUGGAUUGUGGGGGUCUCCACAUGCAGCACCCUUCACGAUUGCGGCGGAGUUCAAUUUGGUGCGCCGGGAGAAUGUGUCUUUUACCCUCCAUUUGAAGCCCCGCGCUGGCAGCUUCAGCUUCCGCAAGCAUUUUUUGAGCACGAGUGGGAGUAUUGGAGGAGAUCAUCGUAGUGAGUUUCGGCCCUCUGUGUAUGGUGAGAGGAAUAUGGAUGUGGGGGUUCAGGAAGAAGUCGAGGUCGGCUCAGCGAAGAGGUCAAGUGAAGCGAUAACGAGUCGGCUACCUGGUGGGCAAGCACAGAACGACGGGCUUGUGUAUGAGACUGACAUUGAUUGUGCGCUUAGUCAUUUAGGGUUAGGUCAAGUAUCCGGGUUGGGGUUCAGGGAAAAGAAGUGCUAUCUCUCUGAUGAUCCUGGUAGCCCUGGCAGUACUACUGGAUCGCGGCAUCCUGGAGAAGGGUCUAGUGAACUGGAUUUGUCUGGAGCGCAGGAAGUGGGCUCCGGGGUUGCGGAGCUCUUUAUGCAGCGUUCCUUGGGAAACGGAGACAAAGCCGCUGCGCCGGAUUCAAAUGAGGGAAUGGCUGAGGGAGUGUCUCCAAGAGAUCGUCUUAAUCAACCUGAGACUAAAGGAAUCGGGUUGCUUCAAAGCUGGUCAAGCCAUGGUCGUAGUAGUUGGGGUCUAACUGUGCAUAGCGUGAUUCCGCUGGGCAGAAUGGCUGUGGGACGCGUUCAGUGGGGAAUGCGAGGACCAACUAGGGCAGUUGAUGAAAGUGACGGCUGCUUUUAUGGUUAUAAAUUGCCUGUACUUGUCCUCGACAAAAUUAGUAUUAGCAGUGUUGCUGUACACAGGAAUUUACUGUCAUCCGAUGGUGCAAUUUCGCCUGACUCUGGGCCUCUGAGCCAUGGGAUGAGGUUCUUUGCGAAUCCCGUCGAUGAUGGAUCGCAACUCGGUCUUGUUACGUCUAUGUGUUGGUCCAUUCGUAAUCAACUGCACAGCCUGCACUCUGACAAUAGGUUUCUGAAGAAAACCAUUGAGGAUAUGAAGGCGGAAUUGGACCAAUUCCGUUUGGGAGAGAAGAAACUUACUGUUUCCAAGCCUCAGACAAGAUCUACACAGGAGCAGGAUUCCAUACGAUCCCAGUUGUUUGAAGAAUUGCAGAAGAAGACUGGUUCUCGAACCUCUUCAAAGGAUGUUAUGAAGAGCUCGGGCUUUAGUAGCAAGAAUAGAGGCGUUCCUGAUGGUCAGAAUCGGGAAUCAAUAUUCGAUCUACCAAUUGAAGGUCUUCUUAACGACGAAUUGUCUGGGAAUCACGUGGCUGAAGUUAGAGGAUCUCUUGAACGUUCUGCUAAGUAAGGUGGUCUGUUGUGGCGUGGUAUAGCCGCUUGCUGUGAGGAUGAAGGAAAUGGCGGAUUUAAUCUGGAUCCUCAGUGUCCAGCUUGACGUACUGUCCAUCAGUGAUGGAUUCUGGACAUGUGCUUUGUCUAAUAUUUUGACCAAGGAUUGGCAUGAGAUUUGGGAAGAGCUGCCGUUGGAAUACCGACGAGAUCGAAGGAUUGUGGUUUGCAUUUGAUGACAAAAGAAGAGAACUGGCAGAUAUAUCGAACAUGAGGUGAAUCUGGUCGCCUACAGACAUAAUUUGUGGAGGAUUAACAGCUGUUCACGGACACGGUUGUUUGCAUGUCUUUCGGCUUGCAUUCCAUGAGCCAGGCAUUCGUUUGAAGGACGUUCCAGUUUCUUUUGAAUCUCUUUGGUUGUUGAAUUAUUCGAAUACGGAUCGAUGCAUCUGCUGUAUAGGGGCAUGAGUUGUAGAGGACUUCAAAUAUUUCAUGCUAUUCUCAUUCAUGUGUUAAAUCCUUUAUGGAUGUAAGAUGCCCAUUAUUUUCCUAGGUGUUGUUUCCUCGUUUGUUCUUACUACGGGAGUGCUCCAGGCAGGUUCAGAAACUUAGCUUUUUAUAAAGAAUACUCUUUGAUUGUAGCUUAAGAAAUUACUGCUACUCGUCUCUGGAUUUGUGCAGCACAUUACUUACGUAUCUCAGCAUGUUGAAAAUAUCAAAGACGUCUUCUGGAGAUGAUUCUUGGUAAAUUUUACGCAUCAUAUGGGUGUACAGGUAGCGAAGACCUAGUUUUGCAUACAUCAUGCACUUCACUGACAAAUGAAAACUUUCUUUUCCCUCACUUCACCACAGUUAGACAAAUCGACAGGUCAUGUUGCGAAAUAGACAAACGUAUCUCAUGUGGUUCUGGUCUGUUAGGGGGAAUUUCGUGUAAUUUUGAAAUGUCGAGCAAAAGAUUUAGGCAUGAGGAGUGCACUAUCUAUGAAAUGUGCCAUCGAGCUUACUACA